GAUUUGACUAAUAAGAUGUUGCUUUUUUUUAUCUUGGUCCUAGCUAGAGAGAAAAAGAUUCAAUCUUGAUGAUGAUGAUGAUGAACAUUAGACCACAACUCAAUGUAAAGCAAUGAUUUUUUCUUCUGACCCGUGACCUUCAUUGUUGCAGAGACUCUGAAACUAGCUUGGUGGUGUUGGUCAAAUCUGAAGUAAGAGAGGAGGAGAAAUAAAAUAAAGAGAAAAGAAACACAAAUUGGGUUUCAACAGUGUUGUAGAAGAAGAAGAGGACCCCACAAAAUGGAAGAGUUAGAUACAUCACAUGCAGUUUCUCAGAUUUUACCUCAAUCUGCUUGAACUACAUCAACUGUUGCAUUCAUGUUCUGACUCAUCUCCUCACAGUCCCACUCACUUCAAUAUCAUCUGUCAGAGAAACACCAUAAUGAUUCAUACCAAGUUAGAGAGAUAAAGACAUAACCUUUUGAAGCUGAGAGGUGAGAGCUUUCAUUUGAGUUUAAUUUGUGUUUGGUGAGGAAGUAAAAGGAGUAAUGAAGGGAAUAGAAGAAGAAGCAGAAGCAAGUUUAGUUGGAUUAACCAUAAGAACUUCAUCACCAGCAAGCUCUUCAAGUAAGAAAGGUAAAGAUCUUCUUCAAACACAUAACAAUGCUUCAGAUUCAUCUCCAAGUAUCAAAAACUCUCCUUUCAAUUCACCUUCUCUUGUGUCCCCACCAUCUUCUGCUUUUGUUUCCGCUUUGCAAUCUCCUUAUAUAUCCCCAAGAGCUACUACACCCAUUACCACUCACAAGCCAUCACCGCCUCUCUCUUACAAAGGCUCACAAUCUGAAGAUGUACCUAGCAGCUCCUACACUCCUCCCUCUGACCAGUACGAGUUUUCUGAUGAACAACCAUCAGAUCGGAAGCUCAAGUUAUCAGCUUGUACUCCAGAUCCUGCUCCUCCAAGGAUCUCUUUCUCUUUCCCUGUUCCUAGGGUUUCUUUGGCUAAAGUUUCUGUUUCUUCACCUGCAACUAACACCAAGCUCAGGAGCUCUGAUGUCUUCAUUGGGUUUCAUGGACAAAACCCAAACUUGGUGAGAUUCUGCAAAUGGUUAAAGUCAGAGCUUGAGCUUCAGGGAAUCGCUUGUUUCGUUGCUGACAGAGCUAAUUAUUCGGACACACAGAGUCAUGAGAUCGCCGACAGAGUUAUCUGUUCUGUUACUUAUGGGAUUGUGGUUGUCUCUUGUUCCAGCUUGCUCAACUACCUUAGCUUGGAGGAGGUUAGGUUCUUUGCUCAAAAGAAGAACUUGAUUCCAAUUUUCUAUGGAACUGGUCCUUCUGAGAUAAUGGGUCUUCUCAACUGCAAUGCCAUAGAUAAAGAGUGUAAAGAAGCCAUUGAUGGGUUGAUUAAGUCACAUGAGUUUAAACUUGAAGCUAAUGAGAGUAACUGGAGAAGCUGUGUGGGAAAGACCGCGACGAUUCUCAGGGCAAAGCUUGGGAGGAAGAGUGUGGCUGAUAAAGAGAUAGUGGAAGGGAUUGAUGAGCUUCCAUUUCCGAGGAACAGAUCUUUCCUUGGAAGAGAAAAGGAGAUAAUUGAAAUGGAAAUGGCUUUAUUUGGUAAUGGAGAGUAUCUUGAGUCUACAACACCAAGCACCAGAGGAGAAGCACUGAGAGGAAGAAGAAAGAAAGAUUACCCGGUGGAGGAGGUUGAGGUCCUCAAGCUUUUCGAUGAGAAAUUGGGACGGUUGAGCUAUGGUCUUUGGGUGGUUGGAUCAUUGCUUUCAGAGCUUGCAAUUCCGCCUUCUGCACUCUUUGAAGCUGUAAACAAAAUUCAAAUCGAAGAACGUUCAGCAUCGCCUUUUCUAAACGUAAUUGAUGAACAAUACUGCAAGUCCAAUCCAUUUGUUGCAAAGGUCUUAGCAUUCAGUUUGGCUGUUUUGGAGCAAGCUGAGGGAAACAGAAACCUUCUCUCAUUAAAAAUGCUACUCGUGGGAGCUUGGUUUGCUCCUGUCCCUAUUCCGGUUAACUUGUUAGCUGCAGCUGCUAAGAACAUGCCCACAGGUGGCAACCGGUUCAGCAAAUGGAACAAAUGUCUGAGUCACACAUUUGCUUGGUGUGGUGGUUGUGGUUUAGGACGCAGAAGCGAAGAGGAUGCUGCAUUUUUACUAGUCAGAUUAGGACUAGCGAGGAUAACAAAUAGACAACCUGGAUGUUGGAUUCAGUUCCAUCCGAUAACUCAAACUUUCGCGAGGAGACGAGACUACAUACUUGCACCAAAGGCGACGGUUCAAGGCGUGAGGAAAAUCGAUAACCCGUUGUUGAAUCUCGAUCACCUAUGGGCUUCAGCUUUCUUAGUAUUUGGAUUCAAAUCAGAACCUCCUUUGGUCCAACUACAAGCCAUGGAUAUGGUACUUUACAUCAAGAGAACAGCUCUUCCUUUAGCAAUCACAGCUUUCACAACCUUCUCGAGGUGCAACUCCGCGCUGGAGCUCUUAAAAGUAUGCACCAACGUGUUAGAGGAAGUGGAGAAAUCAUUUGUGUCUCAGAUACAAGAUUGGCGCCAAGGCUCGCUCUGUUGGAAGAAGAAGACUAACAAGAAGGUCGAUGAAUACGUGUGGCAAGAUGUUACAUUGUUAAAAGCUUUAUUGCUGGAGACAAGAGCUAAGCUGCUGCUACGAGGCGGGCAUUUCGAUAGUGGAGAGGAACUAUGCAGGACUUGUAUCAGUAUCAGGACAGUGAUGCUUGGCCAUAACCAUGAUCUCACAUUGGCUGCUCAAGAAACACUAGCAAAGUUGGUCAGAAUGAGAAGCAAGAUAUGAAACAGACACAAACAUUUCUCCUGGUUAUUAUUUCCACAUUACUGUAAGCUCAGUUUUGUUGAAGACAUCAAAUCAUGCAAUGGCUACUUUAAACCUUUUUAGAACAAUUACAUUACCAACUUCGUUAUUGAUCA